CUCCCCGACUAUAAUUUCUCAACUCAAACUUGACGUCUUCCCUUCUCUCCUUUCUCUUUCUCACAGUAAUCAAUGGAGCUUCGUAAGGCUCUCGUGAAGCGUCUGAUUACCAAGAGUUACAUCUCUAGACUCUUGUCACCGGCUGUAACUCUAGAACAUUGCCAGGGCCUUGUCCCUCCUAAUGCCCGAAAAACAAACUUCCACCGCGAGUACAUAACUUCUCCCGAUUCAUCGGAGAAAGGCUUUUUUCGUAAAUUUCUCCAGCGUAGACAAAUUAACCAAUCAACCGCCAGAAUCCCCGAGUUUUUCUCGCUGCCUGUCGGUGACAAGCUAAGAGAGAAACUCAAAGGCAUUAACAUUGCCGGAGAUCGCCUCCGGUUGGACGGUCUCGCACCUAAUGUUCCCGACUCGCCGGCGAAGGAUGCUCCGUACGGCUUCACGGUGCAGAAUGCGAGGAAAGUGUUGCGGCUGUAUCAAGUGGAAAAGCUGAAACUGAAGCUCAGAGCAAUUCCGAAGAGUUCUAUUUCGUACCGUGAGUUUUCUCGGAUCUGUGUUGAUUUUUGUGGGAAUGAAGAGGAAGGGACUGAGUUCGCUAAGCUGUUGGAUGAGUCCGGAAACGUCAUCGUUUUAGGAAACACAGUUUUUCUCCGACCGGAGCAGGUGGCAAGAUCAAUGGAGGCCUUAAUUUCUGAAUGUGUAGCAACCCCAGAUGACCCGAGGCGUGAACAGCUUGAGCAGAUGGAAAAGCAGAAGGCCAUAAUCGACCAGAAGGCUAAGGCCCUUGUUGGAAGAGAGUUGUAUUGUGGCUUCGGCUUUUUGACGGUGCAGACUCUUGGGUUCAUGAGACUCACCUUCGGGGAAUUAGGUUGGGAUGUUAUGGAGCCCAUCUGCUACUUCGUCACAACGCUUUACUUUGCCAUUGCCUAUGGUUUCUUUAUGAAAACGUCCAUAGAGCCUACCUUUCAAGGCUACUUUCACUGGCGAUUCAAGGCUAAGCAAGAAAAACUCAUGAAGCUCCACAACUUUGAUGUGGAUAAAUACAACCACCUGCGUAAACUCUUUUACCAUGAAAAUUUUCCAAACUUGGAUUGUUUUAAAUCUUUGAGUCAUGAAGAAGGGGGAGCUUCCUUGCGCUAUGUACAGUAACUAGACCUACUAAUUUCAGAGAACGGAAGAACAUUUUGAUUAUGAUGAAAACCGUUAGUAGUUGAAAUGAACUUUUAAAUCGAACGAGUAAUUUUCAUUUAA